GCCCCGCCGCCAUCGCUCCGGCCCCCCCCGCGGCCCACACGUGACCAGGGAGAACCCCGCGCUGCUUCCGCCCACCAAUCACAGCGCGCGAUCGCUCCUGGAUUUGCAUAACCACGCUUUCGUAAGAGCGGUCCUAGCACGGAAAGCGCUCCCAAUUCCUUCCGGGUUCUCUCAGGAUCGCUUCGAGUGCUCCCAGUAUUGGUUCCAGCACUGUGCAGGGCACGGCCACUUUGGAACCCCCCAGGGCAGAGCACGGCUGCUUUUCAGUGUCGGCACCGACCUGGGCCGGGCUGGGAGCGGAGGAGGGGGAGGAAGGAAAGAGGAGCGGGAAGAACAAGAAGGGGAAAGUCAGGAACAUGAGGAAGAGGAGCUGCAAGAGAAAGAGCAGCAGCAGAACCACUCGGCUCCCCCGCCCGCCCGCUCAGGCUGCAGUUCCCCCAACUCUGGCAGCAUCGCCCUGCCCCCCCGGAACCCACAGGAUUUCCCAUUCCCAAAUCAUGGUCAGAUGGAGGAGGAGGCCGUGAGGAAGAUGGCCCAGAAGCCCUAUGCAGACAAGGAGCUGAGGAUGGAGACCAGGGAGGACAAAUCCCCACAGCUGAACCUUAUGGAAAAGGCAUUUUAAACCAGCUCCAUGGUGCAGGAAUCCAAGGAGGAGGAAAAGCCCCAGAGAUCCCUCAUGAGGGGUUACAAAUGCAGAUCACGGUGAUCCAAAGCAGAAAGACCCACUCCGGGCCAGGGAGGUGGCCAGAGAUGCUGCUGGAGCUUAGAGCUGAGAGUCCAUGAGCAGCUUCAUGAUGGGGAGAAGCCCCACAAGUGCUCAGAAUGUGGGAAGAGCUUCAGCAAGUGAUCCUACCUGAUCCAACACUGGAGAAUCCACAUGAGGGAACAGCCCUAUGAGUGUGGGGAGUGUGGGAAGGGCUUCAAGACAAGCUCUGACCUGACUGCCCACCAGAUGAGCCACACAAAGCAGAGGCGUGCCGAUUGUGAGGAAUGCAGGAAGACAUUUAAGACUAGCUCCAGUCUCCUCAGGCAUCAGCAGAUUCAGAGGAGAGGCCCUUCCACUGACCCAACAAUGGGAAUGGCUUCAACCAAAACUCCACUGUCGUCACCCACCAGCGCAUAUAUACUAGGACGAGGCCCUACGAGUGUCCCAAAUGUGUGAAGUCCUGUUCCAGAAGCUCUCACUUUACCCUACACCAAUGAAGGCACCACUAAGGGAAGCCCUGCAAAUCAAGUGCAGGAAGAGCUUCAUGUGCUGCUCCAGCUCCAUCCCCCGUGGCAGGAUCUGUGCUGGAUGUUCCUGUGGCCCCCAGUGGGCAGAGCAUUGCUGGUCCAUGGUGCCCGUGAUCUAUGUUAGAAAUACACCUGGCUGGGUGGCUCCACAUCCUCCUGGCUCCCCAUGGGCACCUGGACAUAUCCACAGAUCAACAUCAGAAAUCCAUUGUGAAGAGCACGUUUGUCGACUUCUGACCCGAGAAAAAUCUCACUCUUUGCAUCUUCUGGUGGUAUCAAGCAACACUGAAUGGCCUUGGAGGUCUUCUCCAAUAGAAAUCCAUCAUUUUAAUCCUUUCUGGCUCAUGGGCAUCUUCCACAGCCAAAUGGGAACAUAUUGGGGCAAACCCCACAAUUUUGGAGAUGGUGGGGUGGAAACCCCUUCAAAAAGGGUUCUUCCCACCCAGCCAAGCAUGUGGAUGCUUUGCCAGCAGGGACACAUAAAUUCUUUUGUUUUGGCCUUGAAACGGUUUCUGUUCAUUCCUUUGAAAGCCCUGUAACUGGGGUUAAAAAUAACGACAAGGAACUAAGACAUGGGUGGGGCCAUGGGGGGAGAUGGAUGAGGAUGUGAGGAACAUGGAUGGGGACAUUGCGAAGUGCUGUCCAAUGCAGGUACUGCCACCACAUCCCCACUAUCACCACCACAGUGCACCAGCCAGAUGUCAUCACCCAGCAGGGCAGGAGGUGGAACUUGUUGGGCUGUUGACAAGUGGCCCGGAGGUGAGUGACAGUCACCAGGGCGUCCUAGGGACUCCACGCUCAGAGGACCCCAAUGGCCCAAGGUACAGCACAAGGGUCAGUGCCACCCACAGUGUCAUGUGGCCCCAUGCUACAUGUCACCAGGGGUGUCCUGGUGACAUUGUCCCCCUGCUAUCUGUCCUGGUGGCAUCAUGUCCUUUCCCCUCUGUAUGUCCAAAUUCCCUACCAUAUCUUCCUCUCGCCUUCCAUGUGUCCCCUGCCCCCAGUGGGGCCAAAAACCAUGAGGUCCUGGGCUGUCUGAGGGGACCCAUCCUGUAGUGUCCCUGUGUCCCUCAAUGUGUGCCCAUGUCCCUCAGGAUGUCCCCAUGGCUGCUUCUGGCACGGAGCAUCUGCACUCACCCUGGCACAGGUAGGAAAACACUGUAACACCCCAUGACAUCCUUGUCCUCUGAUUUUAGGUCCUUCUCCCCUUUUUUGGGUUCAGUGCCCCCUAUUUUGAGUCUUUUCUGUGCUUGUUUGGAUUCUUUCCAUCCUUUACCCCAAUUUUAUGCACCCUCGCCUUCACUUUGGCACAUUUUUGGGUGCAUCCCUCCCUUCCAACCCCCUCCGCACCUUUUAGGCGCCCCUCACUCCCCUACACCCCAACUCCCUUCCCCACAGACAUCUCCCCAGCUGUGUCCCCAACUGUCCCCCUAUGCCACAUGGACUCAGUGCUCACCAUCCUGGAUACCCUUGAGUCCCCGGCCUGGGACUGUGGAUUUCCUCUUCCAAGAGAUUCAGAGCUGGACCGGCUGCCAGGGGAUGCCGAUGGCACCAGAGCUCAGGGUGGGUGG